CAGCGUACAGGUGCCGCGCGCCGCGCAGCAUCAUGACUCAUCAUCAAACAGGGCCACCUGGUCAAGUGGCCGCGAGGCGCGCGCUACCUUACCGCUUACGGUAACAGUUACGGGGUGAUACAAAUAUUUAUCAUAAGAGGUGUUCUCAUGACCCCAACUGGCUCCCCUUCUUCGACAACUCAAUUCUCCUCAUGCAUUGCGUAUGGAGCAUUUGGGAUAUCGUCGAAGAAAUUGCAUCGUACCUUGAUGGUCUUUCCACCCUUCGCUUAGGCUCCACCUGUCGCACCUUAUGCUCGUUGUGCAUGGAUGCGAAGUGGGGGGGCCCGCUGCCGUUAAAACCAUUUAUGCAACUUCUUCCACAAGAUCUCGUAGAACUGCGGGCCCUCCCGAAGGAGGUGGGUUCUUGGAAAGGAUCCUAGCAUCCACAAGUUGAUUUGGCAUCAGAUGCCUCUCAGAUCUCCUAUAGCGGAUGACUUCAGAGACUUUUCGCGCAGAGCCCGUAGGUUAAGACAUCUGCGGUAUUCCGAUGCAUACGACCGCAAGGACCUUAUGGCGCUCAGGCGGAUUCAAGAGGAAAUCAACGUCUUUGGAAUGUUUGCCAACAUCGAACAUAUUACUCUUGUUGAACAGGAUGCACGAGUCAUGUUUUAUGCCUCUUCAGAGCCUUUUAGCCAGCUUUCCCGCAUUUCGAUUCAACCCAACAACGAUGAGAAAACACACAUUCCGCUGUACGACGGGAGCGUCUUCCGUUCUGCGUGGAAUUCUUAUCCUGACCUAGAACACUUGAAAGUUGUUCGCCCGAGUAAGGGUGCUACGAUAAAGCUCGACAACCUAGACGUGGAGGCUAUGUGUCGCGCGUGGCCAAACCUCCGGUACCUGUACCUGGAUCCUAGCAUAUCGCCAGAGACGAAGGUCACUCUUGAGGGCCUUGUUCCCUUCACCCGAUAUUGUCCUAAUCUCGAAGAACUUCACAUAGGAUUGGAUCGCAACAUUACACACUAUGUUUACGAUCGCAUCAUGUAUCAAGCUGACUCGGCUGCGGACGAGCAACCGACACUGACACCUUCAAAGCUGCGCAUUCUGGACAUUGGCGUCCCAUCGAUAUACAACAUCCUGUUAUGUGUCGAGUUUCUGGAGUUCCUCUUCCCUUCAUUGAGCGAGAUCACUGUUCGCGAGUGUCAUGGAAUGGACUUCCAAAGGAUUUAUUACCCCUGGGAGAGUGUAGUGCGUAAAGUCUUAGGCAAAGUGGCCAAGACGUCCAUUCCCUUGCCAAUCGAGCCAGUCGAACAGGUGUGGCUCUGUGACGAUAGUGAUGAUGAUUAUGGGUUCGUGAUAGAGAAAUGGGAUGGUGAUAAGUAGAAAGUGACGAGGGUGGUGAUAAAGAUUUGGAUGGGGCAAGCAGGGUCAAUUGAGCGAGGUGCGUUUUUCAGGAGCCUCCAA